CUGGCAGUUGUAUCUUUUUCUCCGUGUAACCUAACUUGAAUCGUGCAAUCUCGAAGCUGCGAAAAUGGAUAACAGCGGAUACGCAGGGUAUGGGACUUGGUCUGCUGCUGCUGCCACUACCACUUCUGCUGACAGCAGUACAGCAGUGAAUACUCAAGCUUCCUAUGCAAAUACUACCGGUUGGCAAGGAUAUGAAGGCUAUGAUUAUUACAACACUCAGAAUGCUUCUGCCACGACCACCGAUGUUGGCUAUAACUAUGGUACAACCACCACUUGGGAUAACGCAAAAACUGAUUCCGGCAUGACCUCCACCAUGAUGAGCAUGGACAACACUAAUAUAAAUAUGGGUAUGGUCCCUAUGGGAAACAGUAACACAGCCAGUAAUUUGGAAGAAACAAGCACAGCUACCAGUAAACCCAGCGACAACUCUGAUUCUCUGAUUGCCAAGAUUAACCAACGACUAGACAUAAUGUCAAAGGAGAGUGGGCAGGACUGCCAAGAGAGCUCUUUCAGGUUCGAGUCAUUCGAGUCCUACGACUCUAGGUCUUCAAUGCCCGACCGCGAUCUGUACAGAUCCGGCUUUGAUUACAGUGAGGGAGGAGGGGGCGGCGGCAGUGGCGGAGGACUACCAGCCGAUACCGAUUCCUCCUUUGGGAGCCGCUCCUCCUCCGGGGCAUUGGGCAACCGAAGAGACCGCAACAGAGGGGGGCGUGAGAGCUACGGCCCCCCCAAUUCCCGAGGAGCAAGGGGCCAAAACCAGCAGCGCCACCAAAACCGUGGUCGGAGCGGAAACUAUUACAACCGCAACGCCGACAUCCCCCACCACCGAUACAACAUGCCGUCUUCAAGCUCCGAGCGGCCGGCGCGCUGGAAUGAGCUCAAUUAUAUGGGCCCACGUGGUAUGGGCAUGGGAGUUGGAGGCGGCGGCAACAUGGGCAGUGGGGGCCCAGGCCCCAACAGACUCCCCUCUCUUUUCUCCCAAGCCCUGGUCCCUGACUAUCAUGGCAUGCACGGCCCACCCAUGCAAGGGAUGGGAAUGGGAGGAGGCAUGGGAGGAAGGUUCCCAAUGAGCAACACCUAUGGAGGUGGUCGCCAGCGCAAUGGGAGAAACCGAAUGCGCAAUGAAAGAGACAACCGAUCAAGACAGCAAGGAGGAUUCAUGUUCCGAAAUGAAGGCCGCAAGCGGAGUCGGUCCCAGACCUCAGAGCCAGAGAGCAAGCACCGUAAAACUGAUUCUGAUGUGGAGGAUUCAGAUCUAGAUGAGGAAGAUAAUGAAGACAAAGAAGAGACUGAAGGUGCUGGCGGAGACGGGCAAAAGAAAAUUGUUGAGGGGGAAAAUGAUGAAGAAGGCAAAAAGAAGAAACUAUCAAGAAAAGAAAAGAGUAUUCAGCGCCAGAAAGAGCGGUAUCAGGAUGUAAAAGACCACAAAAGAUUACAGUUUGCUUGUUCUUUAUGUAAGUUUCGGACAAUGGAGGAGGAUGAAAUGCAGGAGCAUCUGGAAAGUAAACUUCAUAAAGAAGUUUUUAAGUUCAUCAAUACAAAGCUUCCAGACAAGACUGUGGAGUUUUUGCAGGAAUACAUAGUAAACAGAAACAAGAAAGUUCUAAAACGACGCCAGGAGCAGAUAGAAAAGGAGGGUCCAUUACCAAAACAAGAUCCCUUUAAAGACAUAGGACAGGAACAUUUUUUCAGGAAGAUUGAAGCAGCACACUGCAUGGCCUGUGAUAAAAUUAUACCUGCACAGUUCAACUCUAUGCAGAGGCACUUGAGAUCCCAAGAGCACAACUGGAAACGAAAGGGUAUUGCUGAUAACUUCAAGAAAACAAGCCUUCAUGUGGCCAAGAGUGUUCUAAACAAUAAGCAUAUUGUGAAAAUGCUGGAGAAAUACCUGAAGGGGGAAGACCCAUUCACCGAUGAGAAUCUAGAUCAUGAUAAAGCAGAAGAGCACACAGAGUCAACCGCAGGCCCAGAAGCAGGAGCCUCUGGUGAGAAAAGCACAGAGGAAAAUAAGGAAGGUGAGGAGGACGGAGCACCACAAGUCCCAGGGACUGAGAGCAGUGCAGGAGAUACAGACAAGAUGGCAACAGAGAAUACUGAGCCGCUGUCGGAGGAGAGCCCGGAGCUGCUGAAGCCAAGUGAUGAUAGCGAAGCGGCUGUGCUAGAGAGGACGGCUGCUGAAGAAAAAAUGGAGGAUCAGGAUGGCCCUGAAGACGAUGAAGUGGAGUCUGUGAACCCCACGCCAUAAGUUGGUCUGUUUUUGAAUCUUUGAUCAUUUUUUUUGUUGUUUUUUUUUUUUUGGUUUUUUUUCCUUCUGUUCUUCUGAAUGAAAUGUCCGCUAAACACCAAGUCGUUACCUGAGCGCACAUCUGUUGUAGCAGUUUGGCUAUGAAUUUUGAGUUCAACCUUUAAACAUAAUUUUUUUGUUUCAUUUCUCCUUUUCUAUUUGAUCAUUAAGUUAUGUUUUGAUUUUUGUGCUUAAAUAUUAAUGGUAAAAAAUUUGUUGGCAGAGAGAACAAAGAAUAAUAUCUGUAUAUUUAUAAUAUAAAACAUUCCCUGUCUGCCCCCUUCUCUUUCCUUCUCUUUUCCUGCGCUGUUAAGUUCAAAUGCAGUUUGGUUUUUACACUUCACAGGUUAAAGAUGGUGUAAAAGUUGGAUUUGGUAAAUAAAUAACAUUUGAUAAAACUGUA